UGCCCUAAGAGAAAACAGUUCAAGUGAGUGUGUUUUUACAAUCAGGCGACCACUCUGGGAAAGAAAGGAAGUCGCCAGUCUUUGUAGGUCGAGAGCUGUGGAGCCAUUUUUCACACAUCCCCCGUCCUGUCAUCGCUCUCCCUGAAGGGGAAGAAGAAGAAUUGGCAGAUAUGGAGGAUCUGGAGAGCCUGCCAGAGGAGGACAAGCAGCGGAUGGCAGCAAUGAUCGAUCGUCUCCAAGUCAGCGAUAGCUUAAAGAUGUACAACUCUUUGGUGGAGAGGUGCUUCAGCCAUUGCAUCGAAAAUUUUCGACGUAAGACUCUGGACAAGCAAGAAGAGACGUGUGUGAAACGGUGUGCUGAGAAGUACUUGAAACAUUCCAUGCGGGUAUCGAUGAGAUUUGCAGAGUUGAACCAGGGCAGCCCGACCCCCGACUGACAGAUUUUCACUGUACACCAUUCAUUUCCGGCCUGUGGGAUCGGAUUCUGUCCAGCCAGUGGCCCAUCUGUAGCAGCUGGUUUGAAGGAGAACUCGGAUCCAAAGUGGUUGAUUCCUACAGAUUUGUUUGCCCUAGACAUCUGCAAUUUUGUAGUUGAAGGGCAGCUCUGGCUUCUUAUCCGGAAAGCUUCCGGAUCGUGGAAAGAAUUUGACCUAGUCGAAAGAAGUAGGGUUUCUGUGAGCAAGUUGAUUCAUUAGGACAAUUUUGAUUGUACUCUGUUACGCAAGCCAAUAUUGCGGUUAAGAUGUGCUUCGAUGUAUCCGUCGUCGUCAGUUUGUUUUGACGAAUGCC